UCAUAUUACUAAAUAAAGUAUAUGGAGCUUUCUGAUGUUUGAUUUGAAACAUCGAAUCUCCUGAAUCAAUGUGGCUUUAUGGCUGAAUGUGUAUUUUAUUUACUGUCAAUCGCUUACCUCUAAUAUAAAUGUUAAGUGAGGAGGAAGAGAUUUUGCCUUUCAGGUCUCAAUUGUUAUUUGGAUGCUUCUACUCACCGUCAUUCAAAGUGAUGCAUCAACGUAUUCGAAGUGUACUAAAAGGUUGGAGUUAUUAUUUAGGAGCUGUUUUACGAGAAGUUUAAUCGUGAAGCGUUGUUCAGGUCUUAAUGAAGCUGCCAUUUCAUCCUCUUACGAUAAUAUUGAGGAGUUAAAAAAACUUUGUGAUCGAUGUAUUGGCUGUGAACCUUUAUUCAUCAGUUGCUCACUAAAGAGACUUGAAAAACUUGAUCGUACAGAAUGUUCAGAGGCUAACGUGUAUGUGAAUACGUUUCGUAGGAAACUUUCAAUGAAGUAAAUCUUAAUCUGGAUGACUAUUUUCUAGGUGUAGAAUUCACCUGUGAUAUGUCCUAUUUUUCGUGUUGAUCAAGACGUGUGAAAAUAAAUUAU